AUGGGACCCGGCAGCAAUGUCGAAGCUCCGUUCGUCACCGCUAUGCCAGAGGGCGCGGUAGACCCAAGAAAAUGGUGGAAGUCCAAGAAUCUUCGUACUCUGAAUUUGCUUCUUGCAUUCCCAAUGCUGUCAAUCUUCACCCAAGGUUUUGACGGCUCCAUGAUGAAUGGCCUACAGUCGGUCGAGAACUGGCGGAACUACUUUGGAGAACCCAAAGGUUCCACGCUUGGUCUCUUCAAUGCUGCCUAUCCCAUCGGAGGUCUCUGCGCUAUCCCGUUUCUCUCUUUCGUCAGCGAUAAAUUCGGUCGUAAGAUUGGUCUGGCAUGCGGUGCAACUCUGUGCAUCAUCGGCUCCACAGUCCAAGCCUCAGCUCAGAACCUCGCCAUGUUCGUCGUCGCUCGUGGUAUCCUCGGAUGCGGCACCGUAUUUCUUGGAGCUUCAGGCGCCCCGUUGAUCACAGAGAUCGCCCACCCGGCACACAGGGCCACCGCAACCGCGCUAUUCAACACCUCAUAUUCUCUCGGUGCCAUUGUGGCGGCAUGGACAACCUUUGCGAGCUUUCGCAUCGAUUCGACAUGGUCGUGGCGCAUUCCAUCGGCCAUCCAGGGUCUUCCAUCUAUCAUCCAGCUUCUGGGUUUGUAUUUCGUUCCGGAGAGUCCGCGUUGGCUCGCUUCCAAGGAUCGCAACGAGGAGACGUUGGCUUUCUUGGCCAAGUACCAUGCCGAAGGUGACGAACAUGACGCUCUUGUCCAGUUCGAAUACGAAGAAAUCCAGAGCACUCUCGCAUACGAGCGGACAAUCGACCGAGGCAGCUGGAUCCAGAAUUACCUCGAGCUCGUCAGGACGCCCGGAAACCGCAAGCGACUGUUUAUCAUUCUCUGGACUUCGUGCAUAGCCCAGAUGAGUGGUAACGCCUUCGUCUCGUACUACUUGAGCAGCAUUCUAUCUUCCGUGGGGUUAAAGUCUUCCAUGGAACAGACGCUCAUCAAUGCCACCCAACAGAUCCUCUCUUGGCUUUCUGCGCUGUACUUUGCGACACUUCCUGGCAAGCUUGGUCGCAAGACAUUGUUCAUCAGCUCCCUGUCCGCCAUCUUUGUCUGCCUGGUUUGCAUCACGGCUGGCAGUGCCGUCUUUGCAAACAACGAGUCAAAUAAGGCCGCUGGUGGAGCGGUCGUUGCGUUUCUGUAUCUCUUUUCUCCUGCCUACAACCUGGGUCUCAAUGGCAACUUGGUAUUGUACAUCACCGAGAUUCUUCCUUACAGCCUCCGUAUGCGCGGUACAGCUUGUUUCCAGCUGUUCUCGACAUGCUUCUCUCUCAUUUCGACCUACGUUGUCCCAAUUGGUCUUGACAAAUUGGCUUGGAAAUUCUACACCAUCUUCAUCCCUUGGGUUCUUAUCGAGAUUGUCGUCUUAUGGUUUGUGUACCCAGAGACCAAGGGCCCUUCUUUGGAAGAGAUUGCUCUCCUUUUCGACGGGCCGACCAUAGAUACGACAACAACCAUCGGAAAGGAUGGCGUUAAACAUGUCGAGAUUGGUUUUGCGGAGGGUAAGUCAAACCCCCCACUUCCCGGCACCCCCCUGUUUCUGGCACCCACAAAAACGCGAAAAUCCACCACAACGCAAUGCCCACCCCCAACCUCCUUUUAUCACAACAUUUUCAAUUCGAGUCCAAAUGGGCUCAUUUUUUGCACAUACCUUCUUCUAUAUCUAAUGCCUCAAUAUACCGAAGAUCAGCUUCGUCAGGCUCUCGAGGACAUCUCAAACGGCAAGAGUCAAAAGAGAGCCUCAUUGGAGUAUGGGAUACCACGAUCAACCCUCCAACUACGUCUCCAAGGUGGUCAGACUAGGAAAGUGGCUUUUGCUGACUGGCAGAGGCUGUCUCCUGACCAGGAGAGUAAGCUGGCACAAUGGGUUCGCAUUCAGGCUUCGCUGGGCCUCGCACCAACGCACCAACAGGUGAAGGAAUUCGCAGAGCGAGUUCUGGCUGCUGCUGGGGAUACCAAACCAUUAGGAAAAGGCUGGAUCUAUGCCUUCGUGAGAAGGAACCCUAUCAUUAAGGUUCAGAGAAGUCGUUCCAUCGAUUCUAGACGCGUUAAUGGGGCAUCUACUGAGGUCAUUAGGAACUGGUUUAAGUUCCUUGCUAUCCCUGAGAUCAAGGACAUCAAACCAGCCAACAGAUAUAAUAUGGAUGAGACUGGCAUCCUCGAGGGUCAGGGCUAA